UUCCCGAUAGAGCUUCUUCCCAUCGAUACUCUCUCCGUCAACGAAACCUCGCCAGUUGUCCUCUCCCGGCCCUCCGACCAUCCCCAACUCUAGCGCAUCUCUCGGCAACUUUCGUCCUUUCCUCAGCUUUUGUUGCUGCAACUUCAGAGCCAAACUUCCGUCCGCCAAAGUCAAGAAACGUUCCGAAAAUCUCCAAAUAUGGCCCAGACGUCUACGAUAGUGACGGCAUCGGUCGCCGCCGCCGUUACCGGCUUGGUCGCUUACGCUGCCUUCUUCGACUACCAGCGCCGCAACAAGGCCGAGUUCCGGAGAGAGCUUCGCCGGAACGAACGCAAACAACACAAGGCCGAGAAGGAGGAGGCCGAGCAGGAGACCGUCCGUCAGCGGCAAGCGAUCAAGCGGGCUGUCGAUGCAGCCAAGGAAGAGGGCUUCCCUACGGACGUUGAGCAGAAGGAAGCCUACUUCCUCCAGCAGGUCUCCGAGGGAGAGGUUCUUGCCCAAGACCCCACGCGGGUCGUCGACGCUGCGCUUGCGUUCUACAGGGGCCUGAAGGUCUACCCUACGCCCGGUGACCUGAUCAGCAUCUACGACAAGACUGUAGCCAAGCCCAUUCUUGACGUCCUCGCCGAGAUGAUUGCCUAUGACGACUCCCUGAACAUUGGCCAGUUUCAGGGUGGCGUUAACGUCGACCUCGGCAACAUGCCCACCGUCGGCCUGGACUAAACGAGAGCCUCGUUUCCGACGCAGUAACUCUCAAUCGUAACGAGUUCUCCUCCACUCUCUUGCUUUUCAUACUGGAAACCUCCCUUUCCGGCACGCAAACCCAAAACCCGCAGCCACUACACCAACACGGUGAUGCUGCAAAUCCAAUUAUCCACCCCCGUAAUCCCCGGAACCCUGCGAAAAGAACGAGGAAAGGAGAGGAAUUACGACUUUUCAAUGUACAAUACCUGGCCGGCUGGGCUGUUUUGAUAGAAGGUUUUGUAAGAGAAAACCAUGUGUAUAUUGACGAUCCUGGCAGGGACGUAUCAUCAGGCAGGAAUAAAGGUUCAUGACAUCCCACAGCUUGGAAGCAGAAUCGGCAUCUUGCUCCGGGGAAACACGCGGCUAGGCCAAAUUCUUUUUGUGUGCUCAAUUGCUCCUAAUC